GACAUGGAGGCAGACGAUGGAGAUUCAACCGCUAUUUCAGAGGGACCAACACGAGCCGUUCAUCCUCUAACCUAGUACACCCCUGGCCCUAUCUUCAAAACAUGUUCAGCUUCGUGGAGAAACGUGGAGAAAGCUAUAUCAUGCAAUGUAAACUAUGUGUGCCGAAGAAGUCCAACAUAUCAGCUUACAAGAAUUCAACGUCGAAUCUCCGAAAGCACGUUGAGAGGAGACAUCCGUCAAAAAUGAAGGCCUUCAUUGACUGCGUGGCAACACGAAAACGGACAUCGGACUCGGAGCCUCAAGAAGUGGUAGCCAAGCAAGUCAAACUGGAUGAGAUGAUGGCAGCUGGUGUCGGCAGACGUGUGCCAAAAUUGUCAAAACUUGACAAGCUUGUGAUGGCCUUUAUUUGUGAUGGGCAUCAUGCCCUUUCUGUGGUAGAGCAACCAGCGUUCAAGGACCUCAUAACCAUGGUGGACGCCUGGUAGACGCAUUCAGCAUUUUGGAAAAGGACACUCGGCUGGAAUUUCAACUCCCCUCACACCAAAGGUGUGCGUGCCAUCUGCUGAACCUCGUGGCAACAACCGAUGCAACGAAGGCAGAAGCAAAUGACACAUACAAAAGAUUGUCUCGGUCAUCCUUCGCGAAAUGCCAGGGAUUAUGGAACAAGACGGGCCGGUCAUAUGUGGCCGCAGAAUUUGUUCAAGAUCAGUGCCAGCUUCAGCUGAUAAGACCUAAUCAAACACGGUGGAACUCCACUUACAUGGCCAUUGAGCGACUGCUGCGGAUCAUAGAUGACAAGGGGGAGGUUGCGAUCCGAAAUGUCUGCGAAGAAUUCAGACUCAAAAUGUUGAGUCCUGCAGAAAUCACUUUUCUCAGAGAGUAUCGCGAGGUGAUGAAACCUUUGGUAAAGGGGUUGAACAUCUUGCAGUCAGAGACCAACACGCACAUGGGGUGGCUCCUUGCAGUGAUUUCACAGCUGUCCACGAAGCUCAACAAUAUGGAAAGCUCCUCAAAGAUUUGCCUGCCACUCAUCAGAGCAAUUCAGGAUGGUGUCUCCAGACGCUUUGGUGAGAUGAAGGAGGACCCAGAGCUCAUUGCUGCUGCCAUCCUCCUGCCUAAAUUCAAGAGCAACUGGACUGACAGAGCCGAUGUCAUUGAAGCAGGCCUGACCUAUGUGAGGCAGCACCUUGACAGGAUGGCAGAGGUGGAAGAGGUCGUUGGGCAAACUUCAUCUGAUGAUGAGGAGGACUUCUUCACAUCCAUGAAGGUCAGAAGAUCACAAGGCACGGGGGAGCUGGAUGGGUAUCUUGCCUGUGCAUCAAGUAAGAUGGAUCUCCUCCAGUCAUUUCCACACAUCAAGAAACUCGCCCUCAAACUCAACACAGGUCUGCCUGCGUCAGCUGCCUGUGAAAGGCUUUUCAGCUGUGCCGGCCUGCUUUUCACCCCGAAGCGCGCUAGGAUGAACGCAGUGAACUUUGAGAACCAACUCCUGCUCAAACUGAACAGGAAGUUUAGAGAUUAAUUCAUAGUCCAUCUAGCGUCUCUCUCUCUCUCACACACACACACACACACACACACACACAGAGCUCCCUCUCUCUCUCUCUCUCUCACACACACACACACACA